AUGUGUGUCAAUUUAUAUGAACAAAAGAUUAAGCUUUUGUACGGUCAUUUUUCUGGCAUAAAUCGUAAAGUUCAAAUGAAAUACCAACCUCGUGGACGUCCCAGAGGAUCAAGUUCAGAUGAUGGUAACAGUUCAUCACACACUAACAGCACGACCGGAGAACCUAAAGAACCAUCUCUGGUUCUAAUAUUGAAAUGGGGCGGCGAAUUAACUCCUGCUGGUAGAAUACAGGCAGAAGAGCUUGGACGGAUGUUCCGGUGCAUGUAUCCAGGAGGGCAGAGCAGGCAACUGAACGGUGAAUCCGGUGGAGCUCAAGGUUUAGGACUAUUACGUUUGCAUUCCACAUUCCGGCAUGAUUUGAAGAUAUACGCUUCUGAUGAAGGACGAGUUCAGAUGACCGCAGCUGCUUUUGCGAAAGGUUUACUAGCCCUGGAAGGCGAACUCACACCAAUAUUAGUUCAGAUGGUGAAGAGUGCAAACACAAAUGGUUUAUUGGAUAAUGAUUGUGAUUCUAGUAAAUACCAGAAUAUUGCGAAAUCUCGACUUCAUGAACUAAUGCAGCAGGAUCGAGAGUUCACAGUCGAAGAUCGAAUGCGCAUCAAUCCAGGAAAUGCCUUGAGUAUUAACCAGGCUUUAGAUUUUGUCAAGAAUCCUGUGAAGUGCUGUGCACAUGUUCAGAAGCUUAUACAGCAACUUAUAGAAAUUGUACAACUUAAGAAAGACGAUAUAAAAACCAAAGAUGCAAAUUUAUAUCACGGUGAAACAUGGGAACUAAUGGGUAGAAGAUGGGGCAAAAUUGAAAAAGACUUUUGCCAGAAAAAUAAAACUUUUGAUAUUUCGAAAAUUCCUGAUAUAUAUGACUGCAUUAAAUAUGAUCUACAACAUAAUCAGCACACUCUGCAGUUUGAACAAGCUGAAGAAUUAUAUACCUAUUCAAAAUAUUUGGCAGACAUCGUUAUACCACAGGAAUAUGGAUUAACGAUGCAAGAAAAGCUUACAAUUGGCCAAGGAAUCUGCACACCCUUACUGAAAAAAAUCCGCGCAGAUUUACAAAGAAAUAUAGAAGAAACAGGCGACGAAACUGUUAAUAGACUAAAUCCCAGAUAUAGUCAUGGUGUCUCUAGUCCUGGUCGUCAUGUUAGAACUAGAUUAUACUUCACAAGUGAGAGUCAUGUUCACUCCUUGUUAACUGUACUAAGACAUGGAGGAUUGCUCGAUGUAUUAUGCGACGAGCAGUGGCGUAGAGCAAUGGAAUAUGUAUCAAUGGUUUCUGAAUUAAACUAUAUGGCGCAAAUCGUCGUGAUGCUUUAUGAAGAUCCUACCAAGGAAUUGUUCUCUGAAGAGAGGUUCCAUGUGGAGCUGCACUUUAGCCCUGGUGUAAAUUGUUGUGUUCAGAAAAAUUUACCACCUGGCCCUGGAUUUAGACCACACAGCAGAAAUGAUUCUGUGACUAGUAGGACAACGAGCGGCGAUGAGGAGGCUCCAUCUAGAAUUGAAGAAGAGGCAGAAGUUGCCAUGGAUGAAGAUAAUUCUAAUACUGGAUCGAUAACUACAUCUAAUGCAUCUACAGUUAAGGACGUCAUGAUGGAUGUUGAUUCAACAAGAGCCGAUAUGGCUUUGCACAAGCCAAGAGUACAUACCAUAUCAGAACCAAUUGCUAUUGGGAAUUGUCAUACUGUUAGUGGCCAUGAAGCUUCUGAUCUUGCAAAAUUAUUGAGUGCUGAGCUAUCAAAUCAGCAGCAAAAGCAGCCCCAUGGUUCGAAUCGUGCAAUGAGUCCGGAAUGUGCAAUGCGGGCUAAGAGUUACGACCACCACAGGCAUGAGGAUAAUCCUUUACCACAAAUUCAAGAAGAUGACGUAGCCUUUUCGAGUCCUAUUUAUGACAACAUUCUUGAGUGUAGCAACACCCAGAAAUGUGACGACACAUUCAAAAGCGCUAGUGCUCCUCAAUGUGGUGAUGGCGCUAUGAGCACCAGCGUUUCAGAGUGUGUAAACAUUUCAAAAAUUGGCAACACCAUUACGUUUAAUGAUACAGAAGAUAGAGUUCCUUCAAUUAGUCCUUUACGAGCGCAACGUUCCUUAUCGGAUCCACUAGUCACGCCCUCGCAAUAUCCAUUACCCUCAAAUGUCACUACGAUUAUUCCAAUUUUAAAUCAAGCUACCAACAACAGCAAUAAAGUCCAUGCCUCCUCCUCCCGUCACCAUCAUUCCUACCAUCAUUCGACAAACAAACAUGCGUCACGUUUACAAACGUUAGACGUUACUGGCGAUGCGGCAACGUCGGUCGCUUCGACGUCCCGUCGGUCGCCAAGACGGUCGCAGCGACACAGUAUUGCGGGACAGAUGAGCUACUUCAAGAUGUUAGGUUUCGGUUUCGGCAAGAAAAUGGCCUCCACUGGUGGAACUGCAGCAGCUGCGGGAGGUUUGUUCAGCACAGCUGUGAUUAGCGGAAGUUCGUCGGCGCCAAAUCUGAGAGAUAUGAUUGCUAGUACGGCUUCGCCAUCUGGUUUUGGAGGCGUUCCGCCUAUCCGACCUUUGGAGACUUUACAUAAUGCUUUAUCUUUGCGCCAGUUGGAUAGGUUUCUGCAGCGUGUUACGGGUUCAAAUCAGGCCCCGAGAACGCCAUCGCAAACUGCUUCGGGAACACCAACUUUAGCCGCAUGUACACGUGAUGACCGAGGUGAAAUAUCACCAGGAAAUAACAGUCGAUCAUCAAACUGGAACGGUGCUUCAGGGGCAUCUAGCAUAUGCAGUUCAAUUUGUCCAGCAAGCACAGAAUCUAGUGGCGGACCAUCUUCACCCAAUGGACCUUCCGAUUACUAUUCUAGAGGAAGCAGUGAUUUGUCUGCUAUAAGUAGUGAUGGGUAUAUGGCACUAACUACUGCUCCAUCCAUAUCCGGUUUAUUUCCUGCUGUCGGUGGUGACUUAGGUAACGUAGGACUACGUCUGGAUGGCAAUACCUGUCCAACUCCAGAUGCUCCUCUAGCUGUUGGUGAAGACAGUGGGGAUUUAACACCAGUCUCAACCGGGUCAGAAUGGGAGUUCAAUACAAAUGAUACAACAAUGACUACAGACACAGACAUUCCACUUUCUACUGACCUUAAAAAUGAAUAAUUGAAAUUUUAGAAAAUUGUUGUUUUUUUAGAAAAUGGUGAUUUGUGUAACAAUUUUCAACUGCCAUUUUUAGAUCAGGGUAAUGUACGCUUAUGUUUG